AUGCGGAGGUUCGCAUACUGCAAAGUGGUUCUGGCCACCUCUCUGGUGUGGGUAAUGUUGGACAUGUUCAUUCUGCUCUACUUCAGUGAGUGCAACAAGUGUGAUGACAAGAAGGAAAGAGGACUGCCUGAUAGAGAUGACCCUCUGGCAAGGCCGCGGGACGGGCCGGGGGAGGGAGGCAAGCCUGUGGUGAUCCCAAAGGAGAACCAGGAAAAGAUGAAGGAGAUGUUUAAGAUCAACCAGUUCAACCUUAUGGCCUCUGAGAUGAUUGCACUGAAUCGUUCAUUACCCGAUGUCCGGCUUGAAGGGUGCAAGAACAAGCUAUACCCGGACAAUCUUCCCAAAACGAGCGUGGUGAUUGUUUUUCACAAUGAGGCGUGGAGCACGCUGCUGCGGACUGUCCACUCCGUCAUCGACCGCUCUCCCCACACACUCAUGGAGGAGAUUGUUCUGGUAGAUGAUGCCAGUGAGCGAGAUUUCCUAAAGCGGCCGUUGGAGCAGUAUGUCCGAAGGCUGGACAUUCCCGUGCGGGUGGUGAGGAUGGAUCAGAGGUCGGGACUCAUACGAGCGCGCCUUAAGGGUGCAUCCAUCUCUACAGGCCAGGUUAUAACCUUUCUGGAUGCUCACUGUGAAUGCACGACAGGCUGGCUGGAGCCGCUGCUCGCUCGCAUCAAACAAGACAAGAGAACGGUCGUGUGCCCCAUCAUCGACGUGAUCAGUGACGACACCUUUGAGUACAUGGCAGGUUCAGACAUGACAUACGGAGGCUUCAAUUGGAAGCUCAACUUCCGAUGGUACCCAGUGCCGCAGAGAGAAAUGGACCGUCGCAAAGGAGACCGCACGCUUCCUGUCAGGACUCCCACCAUGGCAGGAGGCUUGUUCUCCAUCGAUAGAGAUUAUUUCCAAGAGAUCGGCACAUAUGACGCAGGCAUGGACAUCUGGGGUGGAGAAAAUCUGGAAAUCUCUUUUCGAAUCUGGCAGUGCGGUGGAACACUGGAGAUUGUCACUUGCUCGCAUGUGGGUCAUGUCUUCAGAAAGGCCACACCCUACACAUUUCCUGGAGGAACGGGACAGAUCAUCAACAAAAACAACAGACGCUUGGCAGAAGUGUGGAUGGACGAAUUUAAAAACUUCUUCUACAUCAUCUCCCCUGGUGUAACCAAAGUAGACUACGGUGACAUCACGUCUCGCACAACUCUCAGACAAAAGCUUCAAUGUAAACCUUUCAGUUGGUACUUGGAAAACGUCUAUCCCGACUCUCAGAUUCCCCGCCACUAUUACUCCCUGGGAGAGAUUCGAAACGUAGAAACCAACCAAUGUUUGGACAACAUGGCACGCAAAGAGAACGAGAAGGUUGGCAUUUUCAACUGCCACGGUAUGGGUGGGAACCAGGUGUUCUCCUACACAGCCAAUAAGGAGAUCAGAACAGACGACUUGUGUCUGGACGUGUCCAAAUUAAACGGACCUGUCAUGAUGCUCAAGUGUCACCACCUCAAAGGCAACCAGCUGUGGGAGUACGACCCUGUGAAGCUGAGCCUGGUGCAUGUCAACAGUAACCAAUGUUUGGACAAGGCCAGUGAAGAAGACAGUCAGGUUCCCAGCGUCAGAGACUGCACACACUCGCGCUCACAGCAGUGGCUGCUCCGCAACGUCACACUACCGGAGGUCUUCUGA